AUGAGCGACGCGGCGCCGCCGCGUCGCCGCGGGAACAAGCACCGCGCGUCGGGCGCGUGGAAGGCGCAGCUGAAGGAGGACGCGAUCGAGCGCGUCAAGGCGAACCGCGUCGCGAUUCUCUCGCGCGCGCGGACCGGGAGCGACGCGCGCGGCGGCGUCAAGGAGGCGCUCCAGGAGAUCUUAGAGGAUGAGAUCUCGCGCGCGAAACGUCGUCGAACGAACGACGACGAGGGCGGCGCGGAGGACGCGGAGGACGCGGCCGCGAGACCUUCGAGCGUCGCGGGCGUAGAGACGCCAUCGCAGGGCGGCGACGCGUCGGGCGCGCGCGUCGGGGCCCAGGGGGAGAGGGAGGACGACGAGGACGAGGACGAUGAUGAGAUGUGGGCGGACGCGACGCCGCCGCGUCGGAGUCGGAGUCGGAGUCGGAGUCGGAACGGGAACGGCGCGACGACGUGGCAAGAGACGAUCGAAACCCUGAGCGAGGUCGAGUACGAAUCCCUCAUGCUCGCGAUGCACGCGUCCAUAGAGGCGGACCUGCAGAAGGAAGAGGCGGCGAUGCUCGCGGAAGAGCUCGAGCGCGCGGAGGAGGAGCAGUCCAGAGAGCUGCGAGACGCGGCGGACCGUUUCGACGCGUGGCAACUCGACUGCGCCGCCGCCGCGCGCGCGGACGAUCCGGUCGUGCUGUGCCCGGUGUGCAAGUCGCGGCGGUUGAUGCGGUCCAGCGGGAACAUCUUCUGCGGCUGCGGCGGGCUGCGACUGUCGCUGAACGCGUCGGGCGGGGUCGUCGGCGCGGGCGGCGGCGGCGGGGAAGUCGGGUUGGCGCUCUUGCAGUCGCGGUUGGAUCAGUGUUACGAGCGGCACGGCGGCGGCGACUGUCGAUGUCGCGAGCUCUCGUUCGCGGUCGUGGACAAGUUCGGGAUCGAGGCUCUGUACGCGGAGUGCCGCGAGUGCGCCUUCUUAGAGGCGGUGAUUUGA